UGCUGGCGGCAAGAGAGGUCACGGGCAGGUCACGGUCGACCAAGUGGGAAAUGGAGGAGCACGUGACCUGAGUAAUGUUUAAAGGGGAGACGGGGGAGAGGAUUCCAGUGACUCGGUGACCAACGCUGAGCACCAACACGCAACAGUCCCGCAACCUCCGAUUAGCAGGACGCUCAGCUGCUACGUACGGUGGUGCGUAAGAACAUUCAACGUACCAUGUCCAUCUCGGCCCUGCCGCUGUUGCUGCUGCUGCUGGAGGUGGUGGCGGGAGCCCAGCAGGAGAGGACCAUCUGUGCCGGCAUCAACGGGAUCCCCGGGCAGCCCGGAGCCCCGGGGCAGCACGGCACCCCUGGGGCCCCUGGGAGGGACGGCAGAGACGGCACUACCGGAGCACCCGGAGCCAAGGGAGACCUCGGGGCUCGAGGCUUGACUGGGGACCCAGGUCUGCCGGGAAAGCUGGGCCCUCAUGGCCAACCGGGGCUCGCGGGAUCUCCGGGAGUCCCAGGUGAGCAGGGCGAAAGAGGUGAGAAAGGCGAGCCGAGGAGAGAGAGCGGCGUGGGGCCCAGGUCGGCCUUCUCCGCGAAGGUGGGCGCUUACACGCCGGCGGCCGGCUCCCCCGUGACGUUCAACGUCAUCAUCACCAACCCGCAGGGCCACUACAACCCCGGCACGGGGAAGUUCACCUGCGCCCACCCAGGCGUCUACUAUUUCACGCUGUACGCGCAUCCCAGUGAACAGCACCUCGUGGUUAUGAUCAUGAAAAACGGGCAGGUCAUCUCUAAAAUGUGUGGUAUGAACUUCAACGCAAUAAGCGGCAGCGUCGUGUUGAGUCUCAAAGCCGGGGACGAGGUGUGGCUGGAGUUGGAGUCUCCGUACAUUAAUUUCCAUUUCGGCGCACACAGAGACGCCGUGUUCAGCGGCUAUAUCCUGUACCCCGAGUGAAUCACUUUUGUUUCCAACGGCGCAUCUGGGCAAACAGAUUGGGAACACAUUCACUCACACGCACGCGCAUGCACCCACCCCUGCUGCCCCCCCCCCCCCCGUGUUAAACAAAGAUUUUGGGCAACAUCUCAGAAAAAUGUUCAGCAAAAAUCUGCAAAUAUACUCGGGUUGCCCAAAGCUGUGGUAAUGACUGCUAAUUUUCGGAUGUGACAUUUUCUCACCAGAGGAAAAAUAGGCCCGUCACUUUUUCUUAGUCACCUCUCUCGAUGUCAGCCAGGGUGUCUGGGCGAAUAUUAAUCGGUUAGACAACGCAGAGAGGCAUAGCAGCUUGCUCCAGCUGAAAAAGUCCUGAAACCUCAACAAUUUUCCCAUCCGGCAUUGGCAGUGAAGGGGGAAAUAUUUCAAUUCCAGUUGAUAGCUGUGAGGGUUGCUCAUUUCUAACAUGGGAGAGAGAGGAGUUCCGAUCCAUUUUCUCUCUUUUAUUGGACACCAACACGGAUUUUUAAACGUGCUUUGAUGGCAACAGAAAGAAGGACAAUAACUCGAUCUGGAAUUCUGAAAAUUUUUACAAGAUUUGGAAUGAAGUGACUAUGCCUUGGAUCAUUACGCACAAGGACGUGAACCAACUGUGGUGGAUAAUACUUCAUUGACAACCAAGUACAACCAACUCUUAAAACUCUCAGCGACAGUAAUAGCACGCGUCUACAGAACCCUGCAGUUCACCGACUUAACACAGCGACCCCGCGUGUCGACAAUGACAGAACACCACGUCGACUUACACAGAUAGAGACAACCGAGAGGACUGUUCGCACCAACCCUGACGCACGCCUCCAACCCUGGGUGACGAGGCAACGCACCAGAAGCCCAGGAUAUGCAAAUUCAACCUCGAGGUCGACUACAGCGUCAGGGAUCCCCCCCAGUAGUGCCUCACUCCCAAAAUUCAACGCAGAAUCAACCUCGGUCUUGCAUUGCACUCACAGCAGCGCUCUUAAGGGAUCUAUGCAGCGGCAGUCUCGGGGUUUGUUUUUGCGCUUCCAGCAGCGCUCUGAGUGACCCCAUGCAGCGACAGUCUAAGGGCCUGGCUGGAAAUUCCAACAGUGGUCUGAACAACUCAACACAAUCGCAGCCUCAGUGACUGAGCCACCUGCCCUGCAGUAACAGCUGGUCUUCUCCAGGAGUCCCUUUGUCGCAGUGAGCAGUCAUUAGGCGGUCAUAGAUACGCGUUUUUGUCGUUAAUGUGGGGGGUAUUACGAUAAGAAAGGUGAUAACAGCGGGGGGUCGCAAGUGGAGCCGUCGCAGGUCGGGGGUCACCUAUACACACAUUUGGAUCACUCACACAGAGACCCAAAGACGCACACAGAGAUACUUAGACUCACACAGAGACCCAUAGACUCACACAGAGGCCCGUAGACUCACGCAGAGACCUGCAGACUCACAAAAAAAACCAUUGAC